AUGAAUCACGCACAGUCGCCCGGAACCCUCCAAUCUCAGGCCAAACGCAUGAAGAAGCGUCGAGAACUAGACGCGUUGAUGAAACUAGGUCGCAAUGGAUCGGCCAACGGAAGUCCUUUCAGUAAAGAUUCGUCGUCUCUAUUAAUUGUAAACUCGCAAAGCUCGACUGAAGAGGAAGAAGAAGAAAUACAAACAUCGAACACUCAGAGGUCGAGGAGAAACGGAACCGUAGUUGGGACAAAACAGAACAAUGCGAACAGUGCUUGCUCUGGGUCAUUUUUAUGCUCAGUUUUUAUUUUCUCAGCCUCAUUUCUGCUGUGCAUCUACUUGUUCUGGAGUCUUCUGUCAAUGCAGCACAAAUACGACGACAUCGCAAAUAGACUCCUGAAGUUAGAAAGCGAUGUCAAUACCAACUUGGACGCUUUGUCCCAACUUACCAUAGCUAUGCAGCCUAUAAAGGACCAAAUUGGCAACCUAUCUGAGAAGUCAAACUUUAUGUCAAAAUCAAUGUCAGAAGUGAAAACAGAGUUACCAACUCUGAGAGAGAAAUUGGAUGGCUUGUCUGAAGUUUCCUCAAUUCAAGAUAAGUUUGAUGAGUUCAAAGCCAGUUUGGCAUCGAAUAUAAACUCAAUUGAAACUAAAAUUACAAAUUUGGAGUCAAGCCAGAACGAAGAGUCAAUUUCAGAGUGGAAACUACAGCAGGAAUCUUCGAUUGCUGGCACCCAGAAAUUGGUGAACAACCUUCAGUUGAACUUGACAGGAAGACUAAAUAAAACUGAUUUGAUUAUCAGGCAGCUGCAAAUUCUACUUUCCAACAAUGUCUCAGAUAUCUCAAGAAAAUUCAAAAACAUUUCCUCGACUAUCGGAAUAUUAAGUAACGAAGUGAAAGAUUUAACUUCUAGCCAGGUUAGUAUUGCACAACGUGUCGAUAGUUUAAAGAGAGAUUCUUCGAGCAGUGGGGAUUACUCAAAUACAGGAGAGGGUUCUCAGAUUAAAGAAAAAAAAGUAUCUGAAGAUGACAAGUCUAGUUCAAGCUCGGAAUUGAAUCACAAUUACGUAACAGCAGGAGCAACUCCACAUUCCACGUCAACUAAUACGACAACAACAGCAUCCGAUCUAUCAGCGAAGAAACCACCAGAGCCUUUGAAGGAACCUUAG